AUGAACUCCCCCCCCCCGGACAAGCGCUUCGACUCCCCUUCAUUUUCCCCAGCCCGGAAGCAGCAGCACAGCAGCAGCAAAGCAGCAGCAGCAGCAGCAGCUUGGGAGGACCCGGAGCUCUUUGGGGAGGAGGAGGGGCCCCCGGAGGUGGGGGCCCCCGGCAGCAGCAGCAGCAGCAGCAGCAGCAAGUCAAAGAAGCACGGGGCCCCAGGGCCCCAUUCGCAUGCAAGAAGGCCAAGCGCAACUUCUUUCCCCGACGCCUCCGAAGACGAGGCAGAAGACCCACCCGCAGCAGCAGCAGCAGCAUCUGCUGCUGCUGCUGCUGCUGCUGCUGCAGCGGGGGGCCCCCGCGGCCGCCGCGCGCGGCAGCCGCCGCUGAGCGCCUCCUGCUUCCUCGCGACCCCCCAGGGGGCCCCCGGCGACGCUCUGUUGGACUUGUAUUGUCAAAUAAACAAUUCUCGGGAUAAGUUGCAGAAAUAUGAUUUUAUUAAAAGACAAAAAGCCCGCAGCAGCAGGAAGCAGGGCCUGCAGCGCGAGCUGCAGGCCGCGCAGGCCCUCCUCGCCCGCGCCUCCAGCCAGCAGCAGCAGCAGCGGCGAACCAGCAGCAGCAGCAGCAGCAGCAGCAGCAGCGGGGAGGCGGCGCGGGCGGCGCUGUGCGUGCGGCGGUGCAGCCGGGAGCUGGCGCGGCUGCGAGCUGCGGAAGCUGUGGAGCUGCGGGAAGCUUUAAAUGGUUUAUUAGAAGAAAUAAGAAAUAAAAUAAAUGAAUAUUAUCCUUUUAAUGAACACAUUUCGAAACUGACGCGAAGACUGGAGAAGCAGCCGCUGCAGCAGCAGCUGUGGGCGCGCCUGCGGCCGCUCCUGGUGUACAGACACCUCACGGGCUUUCUGCAGCACUGGCAGCAAAACGGCUGCCCCCCAAACCCUCACUUGCUGCUAAACCCCCGCGAUCUCGCCCCCGACGAGCCCCCAAACCCUUUUCUAAACCCUAAUGCAAACCCUAAUUCAAACCCUAAUCCAAACCCUCGUCCAAACCCUCAUUCUCCAAACCCUCAGGACGAGUGGGGGGGGCCCGAGGACUACCCCGAGGAGGCGGGGAUGGACUUGGACGCGGACUUUGCGGAAAGUGCGGGUAAAAGUGGAAGUAAAAACAAAAAUGAAAAUAUAAAUGCGAACAAAAAUAUAAAUGAAAAUCUUUUUUCAAAUUUAAAUAAAAAUUCAAACAAAAGUGCCGGCGAAGAUAUGCCUCGAGACCCCGUCGGCCGCGCCGCUGUACAGCCACCCCAACCAGACCCUGAAGGACCCUCAGCAGAAGAGCUGAGAGAGCUGCGGCAAAAACAGCAAGAGGCCAGAGCCCGCAGGCAGCAGCUGCAGGCCCAGCGCCAGCAGCAGUCAGGGUUUGGGGUUUAG